CUCUCUGGCUAUUUAUUCUGUAAUUACAACUAUACACUUGUAUUAUUCCAACUAUACAUCCAGCAUAUAAAUAAUAUUAUCAGUUUGAAAAUAAUUUGGAAGAUCCACAUGGUUACUUAGGACAGUCCCCUUAUAUGUUAUUGUUCCUCAAACAUUUUGAAGGCAGUUUGACUCUUUGCAUUCAUAGCCUCAUUCUUAUUUUAUUUUACACUUAGGGAUGUUAUUUCCCAGCCUGGAUGAAGAAAUUCAUGGCUUUCACUUGAGAGGUGGUAGUAUGGUUAUGAGAACAUAAACAGUUAGGUAUGUUUUAGACUGCAAGGAUGUAGGUACAAGAAGGAUGGAGUAGGAAGAAGUGAAGAAUAAACAAUGUGAUACUGCACAAAUGAGUCUAGAAAAACUGUUUUGAGAUGCUUUUCUUCCCUGCAGAUGGCUUUAACAGAGUGUAUUUGUGAAAUCAGCUUUAUAACAUUAGAAAACUAAACAAAAAGUAGUGUGUUACCAAACUGCCUUGAAAAUGUCUGCUUAGGAUUAAUUUAGAGAAUCCUUUCAACCAAAAAGUAUGUGUACGUAUUUAUCAUGUUAAUAAAGAUAUAUUCAAUUAAUUUUGAAAACCAGAGUAGAAAAUUAAUUUCCCUCCCACAGUCUUAAUGAAGAAAUAAAGAAACUAAUUUCCCAUUGCUGUUAGAGGGGUAAUCCACUCCUUCACAUAUUAAGAAAUUAAUGUAAUACAUCCACUCAGGCAAAGAGUCCCUGCUUCUUUACCUGCCCCCGGUCUCUUACAUCAGCUUGUUUUGUGUAGUGCAAUUAUGGAGAAGAAAACUGAACAAAACUAACUCUAAGCUUAGUCUCAUGCUGUCCCCAAAAAAGCCAUUAAUUGAGUUGGGUGAUGUUUUCCAGUUCUUUCUUGUAAUAAGAACAGCUUAGUUGCCUACCUGAUACAUGAAUUUAAAAGAAGGCAGUAAAAGUAUUAAGGGAAAAUGGUGAUUGGCUUUAUAUCCCUAUGUAUAUAUGACUUUUUUGAUGUAGUAACAAGGCCUUCCUUUUUGUUUGACCUCAAAGAAAGUUGUUUCUGAAUAAAAAUAAGAUCAAGUUAUUCUAAGGUAUUUGAGAUAUGCAUUUGGACAAUGGUCAGGGUUACAGUACUGGAAUCUUUUAUUGCUGUGUUUACUUAAGUAGCUCGCAUGUCCCCAUAGACAUUCAGUGAGUGCUGAUGGAAGUCAGCGGGCGCCAUUUUCCCGCCUGCAGUUGCUCAAUGGUCUCUUUGCUUCUGCACCAGGCGCCAUUUUGUCAUCGUGCCCCUCUGCUGCCAUACAACAACAUGGGGCAGGAUGUUGGUGGGAAGGGUCGUGGAGGUUCGUGCUGAUGUCAGAGAUGAUAUUCCUGCCAAAGCACAGAGCUGUGUGAGAUAGACAAGUUCUAAGAAUGGACAAAGACCUUAAAAUGCAGGCACUUGACUCUGCUCUUCAGGGUCCAUCAGAGACAUUGCUUUCCAUUCGUCUCCUGGACUUCAAAACAAGUUUAUUGGAGACUAUAGAAGAACUGCGUAUUAGAAGGGAAACAGAGAUAAAUUAUGAAGAUCAAUUAAGUAAAAUUGUUGUGGAGAAACAGGAACUCGAGUGGCAGAAGGAAACUCUGCAGCAUCAGACAGACACGUUACAACAACAAAACAAAGAAGCCAUGGCAGCUUUUAAAAAGCAGUUACAGACAAGGAUGUUUGCCAUGGAAGAAGAAAAGGGAAAAUAUCAACUUGCUGUAGAAAUAAAAGAAAAAGAAAUUGAUGGAUUGAAAGAGACAUUAAGAGAAUUACAGAUUGCAAAAUACACGUUACAGAAGAAACUGAACGAAAUGGAUCAGAAAUUACAGAUGCACUUAACAGCGAGAGAAGAGCAUCACAAGAAACUGAAUGAAGUUGAGAGGUGUUAUGCUACUAUUGCAAGUCAAUUUGGAGUCGUUAAAGGUGUCCAUGGAAAAUUAGAGCACAGUGUACAGGAAGCAAUACAGCUCAAUAAGAAACUAACGUCAGUGAAUAAAAGACAAGAGACUGAAAUAAGUAAUCUGAAGGAAGAACUGAAGAAAGUAACUACAGACUUGAUAAGGUCCAAGGUCACAUCUCAGAACAGGGUGGGAGAAGAAAACAUCAAUCUUGCAGCAAAGGAAAAACAGUUUCAAGAACUGCAACAAAAAAUCAGAAUGGAGACAGCAAUCAGUGAAAGAGUUCAAGAAGAAAACGCUAACAUUAAAGAAGAGAAGCUAGAAAUCCUCAGCUCUCUACAAUGUGCGCAGAAGCAGCUUCAGCGAAUAACCCAAACGAAUGUUAGAAUGGAAAGUGAAUUAAAUGCACUGAGAGAAGAAUAUCAGACACUUGAAAGAGAUAAUGAGCUGCAAAGGGAGAAGGCAAAGGAAAAUGAAGAAAAGUUCCUUAAUCUUCAGAAUGAGCAUGAGAAAGCACUAAGAAUUUGGAAAAAAGAGGAAGAAACUUUGAGGAGAGAGAUGGACACUAUUAAAAAUGAGCUGAAUUCCCUUAAAGAGGCCCAAGGACAUCUUGAUGAUUGCCAUCUUCCUCAGGGAAACCAGCAUUCUGAGCAAGUUGAAAAUCUUCAGAUCCAUUCGACAGUUCAUCCUGUAACAAGAAAUAGUGGUCAAGAACAAUCAAAAGACAGUGAAAUACAGACUAUUCAGAAAGAAAACCAUUGUAUGCCAUCUAUACUAGGAAAAGACAAUAACUUUGGACAUGAAGAUGAAAUUGAAGUAAAAAACAUAGUGAACUUCUCCUUAGGCACCGAGGAGUUACAGAUAGAACCAAAGUUACAAUUUCUCGAGAACAGUUUAAAGGGUGAGAUUAACAUACCCAGCCCUUUGGAAGGAAAGGAAAAGGAAGCUUCUCCCAGGAAUACUCUCUGCGCAGACACUGAUUUAAUUACCCAAGGACAGAAGUUGGAAGUGCCUGUCACUGAAUGUAAAGAAGCAGAAAAUCUAGAAACAACAUGUAAAGUGCUACUGGAGGGAAACAGUGCAAAUGUACAACAAAAGCAACAGGACAGCAGUGGUCCAGCAGCAGCACAUCACACAGAAACAAGCAAGGCACUUCUAGAUGCUGCUGACAGAGCAGCAUCUCUUGUCUGUGAGAAAAAUGCAAUUCAAGAGAUGAACUCUAGUAACCAAGAACAGUGCAAUGCUACACACGAAUCAAUUUGUACUAAAGCAGACAAAAACUCAAGUAUCACAGAACUUGACAAAAGUGUUCUUACAACUGAAGCAUCCAAAAAAGAAUCUGAAGCAGCUGUUGGCACUGAGAAGAGUGCUGUGUGCGAAAGAAAUACAGGUAAUCAUCAGGUGAAUGAGUUCCAUUUUGGCAUCCUAUCUUAUGCUAAAGAAAAUUGUCAGACAGAACACCAGAAAUGUAGCUUGCUAAACAGUGACAAGGAUGUGGAUAACAGAUCACACAGAAUAGAGAAAAGCUUGUUAAAUCUGUGUGGUUUACCUAGAGAUAAAUUCCCUUUUAAACAGACGCGUGUAGAUGCUGAAGACAAUAAUUACAAUGAUAAUGCCUCAAACAGCAACAGAAGUGGUAUGCUAAGGCAUACUGGUUUUCCAGCAAUGGAUGCUCAAAAUUUACUAGCUGUUUAUUGCAAUGAUGCAAGUACUGAUAAAGCUGCAAAAGAACAUAGUAGUAACAUGCCUCUUACAAGUACUUAUAAUUUAUGCCCUGGAAAAAUAAAUAAGGGCAUAAAUGUGGAUGAUGUGCACAGCAAACAACCUGAACAUGACAGUACUGAGCAAUUAGGAGGUGACAGAAGUAUGUGUACCUUGAAUGCUGAAGCCGUGCCUCCCGUAAAGGAUGAUGGUCUUGACACUGGUCAAAAGGUCCCAGCAGAUGGAAUUGCUGCAGAUAAACUUAAUGAAGAAAUUCAGAUACAGCCCAUCAAAAAUGGACAUUUCCUGGACGUUAAUGAUAAAUCAGUAAAUAACACUGUGUUAAAACAGACCAAAGAUUCAGUGCACAGUACAGUUCCAGGAAAGAAGUUUGCUGAGGUUCACCUGAAGGAAUCAUGCUCUUUACCCAUGAGAACAUCUGAAAAUGUAAGUGGAAGGUCAUUCUUUGAUCUCUCAAGUUCAGAUAAAAAAGCUGAGAAAACUUCAGUAUGCUUCAAAUUUUUCGACCUCAGUUCUUGUUCAAGUGUAAAUCAAAUGAGAAGUCAGGCUGCAUGGACUUCAUCAUGCCAAGAACCUUCUGUUUUGAAAGAGAAACUACCAUGUCUAGUGGAAAACAAAAAGGUGAUUUCAAGAGUGCUGUUUCAAAACAACAGUGAAAAUGUUGGCAGGAAAGAGGUGGGACCAGGUUCUACCAGUUCUAACGGAGCCGCCGACACUUUGAAUACCUCUAGUAUCCACCGAGACCCCCAGGGAGACUCUACUGAAGAAUGGAAUGCUAUAGCAAAGACUUUUUAUGAUUCUUCUUUUCCCACAGAACAUAUGAAAGAAGGAUUUAAUGCUCUGAAUGAGCAGAAGUCAUCUCCCAUGACUUUAACUCCAGCACAAAGUGAAACACUCAGAGAUGAGGACAGAUGCCCUACUCAUAAUUCCACUGUACAAAACCAAAUAGAAGAAAUUGAGAAAUUCCUCAAUUUGGAAAGACUUUGUUCAUCAAGAAAAAGGAAACAUGAAGACCAGCAGUAAGAAGCAGCAGUAGGAGGUGACAGUUAAACAUGGUGGAUAAACCACUUCUGUAAGACAAGCUGGUAGAGGUAUUCCUAUAUAGUGUAUAUUCAUGUACUUUCACGUUUUAACUUGUUAUGAAUUUGGCCUGAAGUUAAAAGUUCACAAGUGAAAUGUUUUAAUAAACCUGUAAGUAAUAUUAAAUCACUCCCCAGAACUUCUAAUUGAAAUAGUUCAGUUUGGGUUGACAGACUGCUCUGUUUUUGAACACUGCUGUAACUGUUUCAAAGUAUAAUUGUUCUUUAGACUCACGCCACUUAGGGUUGCUGUAGUAGAUUAUGUCUAAAUACUGCCUCUUUCCUCACUAAAACAAGGGGUAUGACUCACUUACCAAGUUUCAUUCCUGGUUCACAUUUCUCCUCCUUCAGGAUAAUAGUAACCUCUCACUUCAGUUACUUACACUGUUACUUUCCUCAUCUACCUCCCUUCCACCCCACACCUCUUGUCAAAGAGCAAUCUUCAUAUGAGAAAACUUAAUAAACAACAACAAAAGAAACAAGGUAUUGCUACUGUUACUUAUUUCUAAUUAUAUAAGAAAAUCAACGAGAGAUUUUCCCACAUUUUAUUGCUUUUCUGUUGCAAUUUAGAAUGCUGUCUCCUUUAAACCAAUUGUACACAUUUUGGAAACAUUCACAAAUGGUCAAAGGUUUUGAAUAUAAUGUAUCUAUAGCGGGACAUUUCCAGGUUAUACUUUCUUUAGGUGUCUGAGAGACUGAGGAGACUGUUUUUGACUUGAUUCAAAUUUUGUUUCCAGGUGUUUAGAGUAUCGUACAAUUGCUGCCACUGCUGCUUUCCGAAAGUCCGAUGUGUGCUGUGACUAGAGAAGUAAAACAAAAUCAGAUGAUUACUAGAUGUAAUACUCACCUAACUAUUCUUUUACAGCAUCACUUCAAUCUCACACACGAGCAGGGAAGUUUUUAUUUUCUGUAAAAUGCUGCACUUCACCAGUUACAGAAGUCUGCAGCCUUCCCAAAUAUUUAAAGCAACAAUAGUCAUUAGUAUUCUUGUCACUAUUAGGUCAUUAAAUGAAAUGUGCUGGAAAAUAGGACUCUUUCAUUACAUAAGCUAAUCACAUUCAGUCUGAGCUUUAAUAAAAUUAUGAUAAAUAGCAACUACUUAACUACCACCAAGUGAUAGGAACAAUACCUCGACUCUAGUUAAAAUAUUCUACACCUGUAAGUGAAAUAAUUAGAACACACUAAGUCCUACAAAAUGCUAUGAAGAAUUAAGUCUUACCUGACAACUACUUUCCUCUGUGUCUGAUCUAUUUUGCAGUACACCAUCUUUGUCUUUACGGCUGCAAAAAAGAAAUGCUGUUUUAAGCCCUAUUUUCAAGACAAGGUGAUGUUACAUUGCUUAAGCCUCCUAAAAUGUUUUUGCUGAGAGUUUUAACCAUCUAAUAGGCAGAAAUCCAAAAUGAUGUUGUAAGAUGGACGUAUCUUCUUCUUAUUGAUGCCAAACUAAAUUAUUAAAGAAACGUGUAAUAAUAAUAAUAAAUACCCCUACAAAUUAAUAGCUUUAAUGGCAGGAAACAAAACCAGGUGACAAAUUAAACCUGCAGAUGAUUUAUUAUGCAGAAUUACUUGAAAUAUAUUUCCCAUGUCUGAGAAAGCAAUUCUUUCAAUGUCAGCUGUACAUUCAAGCACAGAAGUUUUACAGAUACAUCUAUACUGGAAUAGAAUAAAACAUUUCAAUAUUUAAUAUUAACUCAGAAGAUUAUAUAAGGUAUAGUUAAUUAGCAUUGUAUAAAGUACUUUGUUACAGUUCUUACCAUCAAUAACAAAUGCUUCUACAUCAUCAGCUCCAAUCUGAAGUUCCUGUUGCAUUGUGUCAAAUGAUAUUUCUUUAUUCUCUACAGCCAUACCCAUAAAAGUAAGUAGCCUCAUUUUUGCCAUAUUCUGUUCAUGCAACAAGCCUGUGUGAAAAGUAUUGACAGUUUAUGGAUAUUAAUUCAAUAAUAUCUAAUUUGCUUUUCAUGGUUUUUACUAUAUAUCCUUGCAGUAAUUUAGAAUUUCACAUAAUGAAAACACCCUAUCUGGCUUUAUCAAUGUUUUUUGAGGUAAUAUUUAUUUCUGCAUCCUCCUCGUGUUCUGCUAAAAACACCUGGUUUAGUUAUUAAUUCAUCAUGAAAAUGAACAUCCAAAAAGAGGAGAGUGGAGAUUUUUUGAACCACUAAGGACAUCAUCUUUACAGAACUCGGGUGGUAAGAGCACAAGUGAUGUUUUUAGUUGGAUCAACAGGAAACAGAGCCAUGCAAUGCAAGAAAAAUAACUGGUGAUGUCAAAGCCUUCCUCCAGCCUCACUGCUCAUUCUCAGGUAGGUGCUUAAAAAAACUGUAAUGGUUCUGCAGCAAGUGUUCUUCAAGUACAUGUAAAGAGAUGCUAAGAUGUGUCAGAUCUUUUGCAGGGUAGCAUGAAUGGCAACACAAAGAACUGAACUUUGAGCUUGGCACAUGGAAAUCUGAGUUCUCACUCCUGUAAAAGUGCAGGCGAACAGAGCUGCACCUGGAUAAGCCAAAGCCUUUCUUUAUCAAGUUCUCCAGGGCACCAACUAAGCUUCACUGGAAGUUCCUUUAAGAUGAAUGGCAAUCAUUUGGUUUCGGAAUGACAUUAUAAGCAUCCACAUGGCUUCAGUAAAUAUUUAAGUUUGGAAUUUAUAACAUCCAUACUCCAAUAGGAAAGCACAUUAGCAGAGGACAUCAUGUUGUGUUAAUUAGCUGUAAUUAUGAUGCAGGCUCCCUAUUUGGCACCAAUUCAACAAAAAUGUGAUCACUAUAACUCAUAUGGAUGAGAAGCAUCAGAAAAUAUACCUAACCAAGUUUAAUGGAAAUCUACAAGCAUCAAAAAAUCAAUUAGCGUACAUUAACCCUAAUUAACAAAUGCAAAUGAGAUGCUGAUUAACUUUCUGAAAAAGGCUGCUGAUGAUACCAGAUUAAAUGUGGCCAUGUUAGGGCGAUUCAGUUGACACAGAUAAUGCUACUGCUGGCCCAAGUUGUCAGCAUUAAUAAAACAACAAAUUGUAACAAACUGAUGCCACCUGUAGGAGCCUUCAUUGCACAUCUUUCUUGGACUAAUUGUAAUUGGUUCUGAUCCAAGUAAAGCUAAUAGUAUUUUAGAUCUGUUGCAAAAUCAACAACAUCCUUUUUUAUUUUGAAGCUCAAUACUUGAGAAAAUGUUGAGGAAGAGAAUGAUUAAAAACACUUGUUUUGGGGAAGAGAUCCAGGUGUUUCAGAGAAUUGUUGAAUGCCUCCUCUAACAAUCAUACUGUUUUCUAUACUGAUCUGCCUUUUUUCUUUUUUAAGGCAUAGGUGAAAGACGUAGAACAAGUUCCAAGCAUUCCAGUUUGAACUACUUCAGAAUCUCUACCUCCUUCAUAGCUGAAAGACAAUCAAAACUCUCUGAGUGUGCCAUAAAGGUGAGAAAUCAAGGUAAGGGGAAGGUUGUUUUACAAAACAGCUAUACAUAUACUUAAGGAUUUUACUAGUAUAACCUGAAUACCAGACUUAUUGAAAAGAUGUAGACCUUGUAUUCAUGGAAUUAAACACAGACACAGGAAGGCAAAGAAAAAUAAAUCGUGAUUAUUGUAUGACGUACAGAUAUAACUGUGUUUUCAUCAAAUACUUCCAUGGGUAAGUACUGAACAGAUAAACCAUUUCAACACAUAAAAGUAAUUUCUAUAUAUAUAUAUGUAUAUAUAUAAAAAAACAACCCCUCUCCUCUUAGAAAGUAUGAAACAUCCUUAUAGUUAAUGUUCAGAUAAAAAGACAAAAGAUAACACUAUCCUAUACACACAGUUACAAACUACUGAAAACUUACUGAUUUUUAUCUUAAAAACCCCAAAAACUAUCAUUUUAGUACUCAGAAUACCAGCAUUUUUAAGCUCUGAGCAUAAUUAUUCUCAGAAUUAGACCACGCUUCAUUAAAAAAAAUAAUGCCUAUGUUAAAAGGCUGCACUAAACUCAGUUUUUUGUACAACUGUGCCUUUAUUCAAAUGCAUUCACUUUGUGUUCAAGUGUCAUUUCAAAAUCAAAGUUAUAAAAAAAAUAAUAAUCAGAUUUUUAUGGAAACAUUUAUUCAUUACUAAUAUGUCAAAACCUUAAUGCAGUAAUAAAAAAACCUGCAUCAUUGAGCAAUUUCUGCAUUGUCACUGACCCCUGUCCUAAAAAGCUGGAAUAUAAAAAACGUAAUUUUAAUGCAUGCAAUAGCUUAUGAACCAGUGCUCCUUUGAAACAGUCAAUUACACAUCCACGGGGGAGUGUCAAAGUGUUAAUUACUACUCCUUUUUUCCACAGUGUGUAAAUAAAGAGGGUGCUGACAUUAACAUUCCAUCACAUUGCUUCAUGUGAUGAAACAAAUUAACUGGGACAGACUGUGACUUGCUAGGUCUAAUGCAUCAGCACAUGCACACACACGUACGCUAGUCUGCAUGUUUUACCUUACUGUUCAGGGGAAGUAUUUGAAGUAUUUGCUGUUAUGAAGUUAGUGUUUUUUAAAAUGCUCACUAAGAGUUUUAUACAAGCUGCUGUCUCACUUAUUGAAGUUGUCAUCUCCGACCCAGCCUGAUGUACCAAUGCACUAAAUAUCCCCUCCAAAAGGGUUUAAAUGAACGAAGCAGAGAAAAACAGAUUCCUACUUGAAACCCUCAAAAUAGUUUGUCCUAGCAUAGAUUACAAACCACACGUAGACAGUCCAUUUCAAGUCUAAUCCACUGUUUAGGAAAAAAAAAUGACACCAAGAAAAAAAUCACUAUUAAAAUUGUCUUUUGGUAUUUGGGUUGGAACUGAAGUCCUUUGUCGGUUCCAUUAUCAUAAGCCAUGACAGAAACAUAACGACUUGAAAACUUACCAAGUGAGUCAAUGAAGUCUUUGUUGUUCUGAUAAAACUUGACAUAGGAUACUAGUUUAGCGCUUACAAAAA